AUGUCGCAUACAAAUGUGGACCAGACAUUUCAGUUGAAAAAGUGGUCAGCUGUUGCUGUUUGGUCUUGGUCCAUCUGUACAGAUACAUGUGCUAUCUGUAGGAACAGCCUACAUGAAGCUAGUAUAGAAUAUCAAGCAAACCCUUCUGCUUCAUCAGACGAAGGUCUGAGCAUUGCUUGGGGCAACUGUGGACAUGUUUUCCAUCUGGACUGUAUUUCGAAAUGGCUUCGGACGCGUAGCAACUGUCCACUUUGUAACAAGGAAUGGGAGUUUUCGAAGAUGGAAAAAGUGAGUUACAAUUUUGUAUCACUCUCAAAGCUUUCGUGCUCAUAA